AUGACCAUCAUUUUUAUAUGGGAAUCAGGCAUACAAACAAUUACUAAAAAAUUACAUCGAUUCGAGAUUCAUUCUGCCUUGAAACUUUCGCACACCGGCUUUAUUAGGCUGUCACCUCGCAUCCUCGCGUCUUCGCGACGCUGUUCGUUGGCAAUAACUUCUUUCUCCUUACAGUGGACUCCCGAUAACUCGAACCUUCAAGGGAAAUCGGGAAACGUUCGAGUUAUCGGGAGCUCGAAGAAAAUAGCCGGGAGUAAGGAAAGGAACAGUUUUUACGGCACAGUAACCAUUUUAAUCACGUUUACUUGUAGAAAUGUCAAGUGAAAAUUAAAAGAUUCUUCAUGAUUAUAAAUCAGAAUUUAACGUAACAAAUAGCCUAAUUAGAGAAUGCGUUGUACUGUUUUGAGAAGUAAAGCUGUUUCUCGUAAGAUUUGUGACAAACAACACCAGCCUCCACUAGUAAACUAUAAUAUGCCUACAACACGUCAAUGGGAAAUUCAAAAUUCAAUAUUUCGGACGCCAGUUUUCCCCGACUUUUUAAGGUUUUAAGGGAUCAAAACAUGGUUCGAGUUAUCGAGGGUAAAAUUACAUAGAAAUGAUCUGAGGGGAAACAAAAACUCCUUCGAGUUAGCGGGAGAUUCGAGUUUCCGAGGGUAAAAUUACAGUAAAUGUAUGACGAAAAUCCAGGGGGAAUCGAUUUUGGUUCAAGAUAGCGCGAGGUUCGAGUUAUCGGGAGUCAACUGUAUUCCUUCCUGGGCGUGAGUAGCGCGACUGACUUCGGGAAGGCAGUAGCUGACUACAUUUGAAACACGCUCCAAGCCGUGGAAUGCCUAAGUGUAAGAUCGCGAGGAAAUACGAGUUGAACCAAAAUUAGGGGAAAUCAGUUUUUUUUACCUAAUUUACUACCGUACAUAAACACCUAAGGUUCAUUUCGUUUCUAGUAGCUUCUAGUCUCGACUCCUUUGACAGUAUCUGAUCACAAGUAUCGAUCAUACAAUCAAUACAAUUGAGCUAAUUGUCAGCGAAGUUUCUUUGUAAUUAUAAAUCAUUAAAAAUUUCACUGUUAAUAUUAUAACUGGGGAACUAUAUUUUUACAAAUUCAUGCUUGAUUCAGACGUUUAUGACUUACAUGGAUUUUUUUAAGAUGGAGGAACUGGAUAUCAGUUUCGGUUAAUGGUCAAUAGAGUAGGGUCCUAUAUUAUGACAAAGCUCAAGAUUUCAAUUGAAUUUUUCAAAUUGAAAGAACAGUCUUGUAGGGAUCAAAACUUACCUUUUCGAAAAUUUCAGCCAGAAAAAAGGCUCCCGAAAAUUCUAGGUGACCUUUUUAGGGUAAAAAUCCGUUAAAAAUAUGCAAUUAUACCAUUUUUUAGAUGUUCGAAAAUCCUAGGAGAGACGAGCAAGCAAGAAAUUUUACAACAAAUGUUUAGAAAAUUCUAGAUCUCAAAUCGUCUUCCGAACAGAUAUUCUUCCGAAGAUUGUCGUUGGGUGCCCCUGAAAGAGGUCCACACUUUAGUAUCAAAGAUAGAAGCAGACAUCCUGUAGGCAAGAGAAAUAUUUCCGCCAAGACAGUUUCAUUUUUCUAGUACGUAGUCGAAAGGUGCUAUUUAUUAUGCAACGUAUUGCCUACAGUGUAUGUUACUAGAAUGCAAAUUUUACAUCAGUACUUCAAAGUAAACAAGUAACACGCUCAAUUUUCAAACAAACAGACCAUGACAAUGAUUUCCGCAUCCGAUUUUUUGAGUAAAUGUUUUAGUAAAAUGCGAAAACUUCGUACAAAGCCGGGCUCAACUACCUCGCGACUCAUUCAUGUUAUGCCUUGUAUCCGUGACUAUCUUAGAAGAUGACAUUUUCAAAACUCACUAAAGAGGAAGACUGAACACAGCAUCGCGUUUUGAAUUUUUUUUAGACGGCUUUAAGUGAAGAACUGGCCAUGUUUACAUUGAGAAUACUAUAGACCCAUGCACUAAAGCACUCGUGACAGGCAGUGACGACAAUUUAUUACACAAGUAUACUGGCUGGUUUAAAGUUUAAGAAAGGGUCCUGUUUGAAAUUGUUAGUAUCGUUUUUAAGUUACUUGAACUUGUGUUUCGCGCUAACAGAAAACAAAGUUGCCGUAACUGAGGAUUGAAUGCGUAGAAGAGCACAUUUCACUGGCGUCAGAAAAAGAAAACACAUAAAUUAUUGAAUAAUCCAAAUAUACUAUGUACAAUCCAGUUCAGGCGUAGUCGUAAAACUUGGAAUUCUCUCAGAAUUGCAUUCUUCAUUAUAUAAUAAAGCUUCUAUAACACAGAAAUCGAACAAAGGAAACAAAAAUUCCCUCAUCACCUUCCCCACCCGUUACCCCACCUUUGCUUCUCACCGCCCCACCCUCCCUUCCCUAGCCCAAUUACUCUUCUGGAACCUCUCUCUUUUUUUAUUUAUACAUGCAAAGAAAACAAAGUGGAAAUUUCUCUACACUGGAAUCGCGAUUUUUCAAACCACCCUGCAUGGGAAAGCAAAUUUGUUCCAGUUAUCGGCAUUUUGAGGAACGGUGGUAAACAGUGUUUGGCUGGUGAAGGGAAGCUAGGUUUGCUUCAAAAUAUGGGGAAUUUCAAGACACCGAGAGUUCGAGAAUCGUGAUUCUAUUGUACUUUACCGAUCGCUCUGAACAACAGUAAAGCAAGAUGGCUUGAAAGAAUCCUUGUUUCGCUCAACAAGAAGUUGCAUAAUAGGUUCAUUCCUCUCAGCUCACGGUUGGCCCAUAAAUUGUCUCCUAGAAGACGAAACCUUGAUAAAUGGAUUUCUGGAGGGUAUGUAUUCAAUAGUUUUAUCAUGUUAAAACUUGGACGGAAGGCUAAAAUGUCAGUCGUUUUCUAGUUUUACUACAAAUUUCUCAAUGCAAUCGCAUAGAAACCAGGAGCACCUGUCGACAGUUUUCUGUGAAUUAUCUGUUCGGAGAAACAAAUAUUGCCCAGAAUUUUCUAUUACUUGAGGACGGCUGACACUUUCUAGAUGACCGUUCCAUUCAUAUAUAAUUUUCGAAACUUAUCUAAUAUAUUCCCUACGAUUUUCUAAAGUUUAAUGUUCACAUUUCACUUCCAAAGUUAUGCCAUUUUUCGUGGAGAAAAGGAAACCUAAAAUUUUCGGAUUCAAAAAUUCAAAGGGGAGCCUGAGAAAUCAGAAAACGUCUCACUUUCGUAAUACGUCAAACUGCAUCUAAGAUUUUCGGGAAAUUAAUACUUAAUCCCCUGUAAUUUCGAAAAUACGCAAGUUCCCCUAGGGUGACCGAACAGAUUCAAAUUUAAUAGCGCCACUCAGAAUGCAUUUCUAGACAUCUAAAAGUACUCUGGAUUGCCUAAAAAGUGUUAUCAAUGUAGGAGGAAACCGUCCAUUGGGUGCCCGUGAGAAACCGCAUUCGCAUCAGUUGCUGAUUCCUUUCAAUAUCAUUUCGAUUUGACACUCUCAAUUUUAAAUUUCGGAAUACAAAAAUGUACAAUUUCAUAGCACAUAUCAAUCAAGAAGUUGAUCAUGUGUCCAAGCAAAAAAAAAAAUAGAAAUAAAACACUGAAAAGUGUCAUUAAAAACUGAACUAUUAAAUAUAACCCAGUUUCCAAAACUCGACGUAUGGCGACAAAGAAUCUCUCUGAUCGGGACUAGAAAUUAAAGUGAUCGAUCGAUACAAAAAGAGCCAGGCGUCAUAAAAUCUAUACAUUUUCGCAGUCUUUUUCCCUCAGUUAGUUUACUCAAACCAUCAUCCCAAUACAUAUGCGUUAUUAACCAAGAAGAGGUACGCAAGCAAGUAAGACGAAAAAUAAACGGGUCAGAAUCUAAAGAAAUAUUAAAAGAAAAAUCGUCCAGAAAAUAAGACCAGCAAACAUAUAUCAUCGAGCUCAAAAAAUCUUCAGUAGAUGGGUUGUUAAAGAGAGAUUUCGGUUACGUGUGACUUAUGAAGCAGAUCUUGAGUGAGAGCGAACGUGUAAUAAGAUUUAGAAGUCUUAGAAGUUCCACGACUUUCGCACCUUUCAUUUCGUUUUCACAUAGUCGGUAUGAAAAGUGUUUUCACCCAUUAAUUUGCGACUCAAACCAAUUCUGGAUUGUUGACGCCAUAUGAAAAUUCAGAAAGAUAUUAAUAAUCUCCUGAAGAAUUCGUCCUCCGGUCGUAAAGAGACCACGAGAGUGCAGUAUCAGUGUUAAUUAAGAAACUAAAUAUUACAAAAACAGGGACUCCAGUUUUCUUCUCUUUUUUCCAAGUCCGAGGCAAUAGAUCCAUGAUUACCCUUCAUGUAUGCCGUGGCUCGCAGUAAAAGAUGCCAUUUUAUUGGAUCAAUCACUGACUGACAAAAAACAGUACAGCCAAUAGCAUUGCUCGUUGGAUCAUAGGUACAAUGUCCUCUUAACCUGUUCCUGCGAGCAUAGAAUGAUGAUUCAUGAAUAUCACAAAAUAGUCGGGAAAACGAAGACAAGACAAGAAUUAAGACUUAAAAACAAAAACAGAGUAGGUUUGUAUAUUUUUACUUAGCCGUGGAUUCUUUAAAAGUUACAUUUUAGGUACCUUCGAAAAUUCCAAGAAUCGCCUGGGUAUCAAUCAGAAUUUUCCUAUUUUCUCUUACUUUGCAGUCUCAACGGCGGUGCAACUGGAAAUCUUAGAGGUAAGUUGAAUGACUCGUAAUAAAAUGUGUUGGUGUGACGUUUUGAAAAAACAGCUCCGUCGACUUUUUUAGAAAAUUUUUUAGAAAUAAACUCGUCAAAAGGCGAAUAUUUUAGACUGAUUAAUCCUCCCAAAACUAAGCCUCUCGCAAUCUGAUAAUAAGUUAGCCUCUCGUUGUAUUUAAAAGCGCUACUCUCAAGAGUGAAUUCAGUUAAAAAAUUUUUCACUUGAACAGUGCUUGCACACUUUGGAGAGAAUUUUUUUCGGAUUUUCAUAUCAAUAAGUGUUUUCAAGCCAACAAACGUGCAUGUUAAUCAGUCAAGAUAUGAUGUUCAGUCUAUCAAAAAAGCGUUGCAGUAGUUCGUUUUAGUUGUGCCAAAAAUCUAAAGGGCGUUCUUCAGAAUUGACUGAGCUACUUCAAUUCAAGGAGUCAAAAUUGUCAGAGGUAAGAUUAAAAAUAAAAAGAGAAAGAAAUGAGGAUAUCGUUCAGGAAGUUCACAGCCUGGGCCAGUAAGGCAAGAACCUGUUUAGCCUAAAAUUUGAAACAGCUAGGUUCUUAUUUAAAAAUAGUGUUUUAAAAACAUCUUGAACAUUUGGAAAAUAAAAAGGUCAACAUUCAGGAGUCUCGUUUGGAGACAUCCAACUGCUAUGCAGUGGUUUUAUGUAAGAAAUGAGUUGAAUACAAUUAAAUACUCCUGGCUACAAUGUAUUUUUUCUUUCAGAACAUCAGAAGAACCUAUUUAAGAACGUAAAUAGCCUAAAUUUGUGCUAGUUAUCAUUUAUGUAAAAACUUGUUUAGGCUAACUUGGGAAAUGCGGUUUCUUAGUCGUUGGUUUUUGCUGAAUAGCCUCUAAAGCGUCUUUGGAAAAGUUACACUGAUAAAUAUUUUGAGUAUGGCAAAUGUGUCGCAUGCAAAAUUUUCCUAGAAUUACAUGUGCAGAAAACAUGAAUGAUUGUCUUCAUUCGUCAAAUUAACACUUCAGUGCCCUUCAAACUUGGUUUAACUUGUAUCUUAAAGGAAGUUUUAAACAGUGCUUAUCAUUGGCCGGUUUUCAAAAUAAUUGCUUAACGUCAUGAAGCCUUCCAACUCGUUUUAACUUGCAACUUAAAUAAAACAAAAGGAGUGCAUGACGUCUUUCAAUUGGUCAAUUAAGACCGACUGAUUUACAUGUAACCAAUAGGAAUACUUCUAGUAACUUACAUUUAACAAUCUUUCAAACUUGUCCAAAACACGUUUUUACGUAAACUUGGUCGAACUAGGGCAUAAAAACCUUCGUACUGUCAAAAAAAUUAUCAUUCGUCUUGGGAUCCCUACAGUCCGCGUUCAUACAAGCAAGGUAGGUCUUGAGUGAAUGUUUCCAACAAUCUUUUAUAUCAAACGAAAAUACUCAGUUUAAUUAAACGACUGCUUGAAGUUCUUUUCCGUCUGGUUUCAAUUUGAACUGUUUCUUUUCACGAAAUAUUAAAUGUAAGGCUUAUUGCUACUAGCCCUGUUUUGUUGUUUAAAUAUUACUUAGCAGUCGCUAACGUUCUAUCAUAAGCGCUAAAAUCUUAAGCGAGCGUUUCAACGAAAUGUCGAAGAGUUUUAAGCGUCCGUGGAAGUCCGACAUGUAAUUACAAAGACAUGGUAAUGUUCUCAAGUAAUGCUAAAAGUUGACCUGAAAUUGAUGAAUGAAACUGACUUUUUCUUUCUCUCCAAAAUAAAUCAUAGUAACUUCGCCACAGAUCAUCAAUUCGCGUUGCUUGUUAUCCGCAUUUUGAAAGAAAAAAUGUUAGCAAACAGAGAUUUUGUUACCUCUGCGUCAUGCGUCCCUGACGCAUAAAAAUCCACAAAGACGCAAAAUAAUUCAUGGCAUGCGUCCCGUAGGACGCAAAGAACGAUCGAUCGAUCUGAACAUGUGUAUUUGUAGAAAUAUCCAGUCCGUGUAAUUUCUGCGGAAUGCAGUUCAGUAUUAUAGCUGUUGUUUAACGAUGAAUAUUUCUUUUAGCGUUUGUUGUACCUUAAAAUAAAUAAGGAGUACAUUUUAAUUUCAGUAUACUCUAAUACAGAGUUUUGGAGUCUGUCUUCAGAUUAACUGUGUGGUUACAUAAAGGCCCAAGCAUUUUCAAUUUCGGAUUCGUUUCUUUAACUGCGACUCGUUGGUUCUGGACUCAUGACUUUUCAGAAGCUGAGUCCCAAGACUCGCCAUAACUAUUUGCAACAAAAUCACUGAGGAAAUCAUUGAAACCGAUGCCUUUUGAAAGAAUAUACGGCCAUAAUUUUGAGGGUUUUCCUGUUUUCACAGGUUUCCUCACCAUGCAAACCUUUAUGAAGAUACCGCUGGCUACUGUGUUAUGCGGGCUGCUCUUACUGCUGAUUACCUUGUGUUCUGCAAAUGACAACAACAGCAGCAAACCACGUGACAAGGUGAGUUUGUUUAAUCAAACAUUGUAAUAAAUAGCUGUAAUAUAUGAGAAGUGACAGUCAGUCAAUGGUACCUGAACUAUUAACCUGAAAGAACCCAGUGAGGUAGAAUGAAUAAGUGAUUUUUGUUAUGUAAGGGUGCUUGACUGACGUUGAUUGAUGGACUUAAUCGACUGAUCAUGAAUUAAAACGGAAUAAAUUUUUAAAUUUUUUGUUUAGAGUAUUCCUCAACCGACUUCACCUUAUGGUUCCUGUGGUCUUGGUGGGUGUUUCUGUGCACCAGGAAUUCCCGGCAUCCCAGGAAGCCCUGGACCCGCGGGACCAGCAGGUACCGCGGGAUCACCCGGCAAUCAUGGACUUGAAGGACCCAUGGGCCCACGGGGAAAGAAAGGCGAUGAAGGAGACCGUGGAAGACAGGGACCACCAGGCAGCAAAGGAGUUAAAGGACCUGCAGGCCCAGCAGGUCCACGUGGGGACAAAGGUGAAGCAGGUUCAGAUGGUUCUCCUGGAAACAAGGGUGAUACAGGUGCUCGUGGAAAGCAAGGUCCCCCUGGUCCCAAAGGACCUCAAGGAUCCUCAGGUUCAGCUGGGUCCCCUGGAAACAAGGGUGAUACAGGUGCUCGUGGAAGUCAAGGUCCCUCAGGUCCCAAGGGUGAUCCAGGAUCCUUUGGUCGUAAUUGGAAACAGUGCGUUUUUAAGAAUCUGAACAAUGGCAGAGACUCUGGAUUGAUCAAGGUAACAACUGCAUGAGUUUGUUGUUCUAGAUUAAAUAAAAAAAUCCGGCGUAAAUUAAAAAUUACUGAUACUUAAAGGUCUAGCUUUGAGAUUCGAGCGAAGUGUAAAUCUUACUGGUUAUUACACCAUUUGGAGAAAAAAAAUGGGUGUAUCUGAUAUUUAACUAUUUACUCAUGGGAUGAUACGGAAUGCAAGAAAAAAUUCGAAUGACAUUACUUAUUAAUUUUAUAGGAUACACCUAUAUCUUCUGGUCUGAAUUUGAGUACACCCGCCAUGGUAACUAUAACUUGUUCCCACGGUUUGCCCCUAUGACGUCGAUAGCAUCGCAGGCACGCUAUGCACAGUUGAGGGUAUAAAGAUAUUACAGUCAGUAGCAUAGCUAAAGCCAAGUGAAAAGUCAGAGGAGUUAAAACAAUUCCCUUCCUCUUUUCAUUGUGAAAAUACGAGUGUGUUGAUUUCUUUGUGCUACAGUGAGUGAAAUCCACGGUUUUCAGGUCCGUUUUUCUGGACGAUCAUGUCAUUGUUUAUCUCUAAUGUUUCAUUUUGGUUCACCUCGUUCUGAUCUCUGCUCCUCUGUUUAUUUUUAAGGAGUGCAUUUUUAAGAAAACAUCAGACACUACUGGGCUGCGCGUCUUUUGGAGUGGCACUCUUCGUCUCUACAACUGCCAUGGAUGCUGCAGAAGAUGGUAUUUCACUUUCAACGGUGCAGAGUGUUCAACACCGGCUCCCAUUGACGGAGUGGUAUACAUGAUAUAUGGAAAUAGCGCGAGAAAGGAUUUACACCGCGUACGUCACAUAGAAGGAGUCUGUGAGAAAAUCCACAAGGGUACUGUUCGCGUGGGAUUCUGGGUCGGCAAUUGUGCUGGUUACAAAUCUGCUGAUGCUUACACAGGCUGGAACUCAGUGUCCCGGAUGUACGUGGAAGAAGUACCUCCCCCACAGGCUUAAUAACACCAGAGCCAAAGUUUUUUUUUCCGCUUUCCAUGAAGAGAGUAAUAUUUUGAGGGUGAUUUCAAUAAAUGAAAGGGCUUUAAAAUAAACUGAACGGCGUGUAAUAUGAAUUUACUACCCUAACUCAUCUCGACCUUUCUUUCCCCUUUGUUUUUCUUAGUUCCCGAUUCUUUGGGUUAUCAUUUAAGGUUAUUUUCCUGUGUGUGAAGUCAGCAUCAAAUUCAGAGCGACUAGUGUAUCUUCAGCUGAUAAGGGCAUCCAUCUACCGAUUGUUUUAUGAGCCUGUUUGGUAAAUUUAAGGGUGCACUAACUACUAUUCAUCUGUUCGUAUGUCUUUGGAGAAUUCUGGUGGUCUCGAAAGUUUUAGGUGGCCUUUUCGUCUCAUCUGAAACUGUUAGCUACCCUGAUGGGUCCGGUCGCAAGUUUGAGGACGUGGAGUAGCUGCAUAUUUAAAAAUAGAAGAUUCUACGGAAGGUUUUGACUUUUGAACGAAAUUUUCAGGAGACCUUUGUGAACUAUAAUCGCGCGCAAUAUCUUGGUAAUAACAUGAUGUGAAAACACAACCUCCCAAAUAAAUAAAUCGUAUGAAACCGAGUAUCUUCGAGGAAAGUAACUUCUAUCCAGAAAAUUUUAGCCAUUCUCGGCAUUAUUUUCUCUUUCGAAACGUUAUUUUAAGGGAAAAAAAGAUUCGUUGGGUGCCCCGGAAAAGAAUUUCAUUUUGAAAGUGGCCGUGGGACUGUCGUUGGAAAAUGCUGCUGAUAAUUUUACACGUAAAGAGCUAAAACUGAGCUCGUAUGAAGAAUAAGACUACGAUGUUAUAACGGUGAAAUUUAGAACAGAGAAAGGUCUUCAUGCAGUUUCACAUGAAAAUUUAGUCACAGCCACUUCGUCGUGGAUGCCAAACCUUCACUCAGGAAAUCAAAUUGUUGCUUGACCUUAUUCGCUUAAUGAGGCAAAAUAUUUGACUGUCAAGGAUUUUUUUGCCUUAUGUGGUAACGUUUGAGUCUUAAGGUAAAUUUAUUUCUUUGUUGAGGAAAAAGAAAUUUGUUUGACCAGAGAUCAAAACGGUUUACUUAUUCGGAAGAAAUAUUGGAUCGGUAACUUUUGCGCAUUCCCGAACUUUAAAAGCUACAAUUUAGCAUCUGAAAAACUGGAGCUGCAUGCAGCAUAGUCCCCCACUUAAAAAGGGAUGUUUGGGUCUUUUUGGCUAAGCAGAAGAGUAUCCUUUUGGCUAGACAGAAAAUGGCUUGGCUAGCAUCAAAAGACAUGUUUCAGCAAAAUUCCCAAUUGCAAAUGGGUUAAUAAUAAUAGUAAAAAUAAUGCUGAUGACGAUGAUGAUGAUAAUAAUGAUAAUAACAAUCGAAAAAGGAGAAGCUUAUCAUUUAGUUCCAAAGUCCAUUUUAUUGCUGAAUAUACGGGUAAUUUGGAAGGUGAACACUGCUUUGGAUUUAGUUUAAUCUUUUGAACUCAAUAAUGAUGGUCAAUAGUGCUCAAAAUCAAUCAAAGUCUAUGAGAAUUAACAAAAUGAUCACAAAGAGAAAAAUAUUUGAUCUUUUACCAAAUUCUCUCAACUAAUUCUUCAAGGAAAUGUAUGGAUAUCAGUUUGAGGAAUUUGUAUGUGGAUAUUGGGACUUAAAGGAUUAAGAAAUACAUUUGUAUCAAGGUCUUUAGUUAACCUGGGAAUGCACUUUUCCAGAAAGUUUCCACGACCACCCAUUAGGCUACAAGGAUUAUACCUGAAAAGUUAUACAUCAGGCCUCAGUUGUUCAAAAGUUGGAUAGCGCUAUCCACCAGAUAAAUCACUAUCCCAUGAAUAAGCAUUAGGGAGACCAAUUACGCUAUCCAGUGGAUAGUGAAUUAUCCAGUGGAUAGCGGUAUCCACCUUUUGAACAACUGGGGCCUAUACUUUUAGUUGUGUUACAAAGACUAUUGAGGAAGAGAAUGAACCAUAAGAACAAGUUUAAAAAUAAAGCCAGGGUGAUUAAAUAUGUUCUCCAAGUGUUAAAACGUAGUAAAGAAUUCCUCCCACUCUCAUUACCUCAUGAGGUAAGAUUAUGAGGAACAUACAAAAGGUUACAAUUGGUUACAGAAGUUGUUCAAUGCUAUUCUACAUCUGCUGCUAAGGAAUGGAUAGAUAUAUAAAUUUUGAUAAAUACACAAAUUAUGCUAAUAUGCAUGUUGCUCCAUACUUGUUGCAUUGCCACAGCUUCAAAUGAUGAAGUUAUUUCUUCUUUUUGCCACCGUGACCUCCCUUAUUCUUGGGUGGCUUGUUUUUACCUCCCACCGCUGCAGGCUUCACUACUUUUAGUGGUUUGGACUGCUUGCCAACUGCUACCUGAGUAAACUCUUGCUCUGUCUUGGCUUUAAUAGGUACUUCCAGUCCCUUAUUAAUAUUUUUAAAAACUCAUUAAUUAUUCAUAAAGAAAAAGCAAAAGAAAUUAAUGUUUAUUGAGUGUCUUUAUAUCUGAUAAAGACACGGUUAAACUUUAAGUCCAAUUUUUUAGACCAAAAUAACCCCAAAUCUAAAUAUUAGUGCAAGAAUGAGUUGAUCUGUAUCAGAGAUUUCGAAGCCGUUCAUAAAACUCGCAGGUUGAAAAAUUCUUGGCUUCGCCUCGAGUUUUUAAACACUCCUGCUCGUUUUUUAUGUUCCUGGCGUUCUAGCAUUUCAACUGUAAAAGCAGUCAGCAGCGUCUACCUAUUGUUUUAAUUCCACUGAUCCAAGAUGAUACUGUGAGGUAAAGAGCAAGCUUUACACAGUAACUGUACUAAUCUCCAAAGAAGAAAGCUGUUUUGUUUUAAUUAAAAAACUAGAGCUGAAUAUCUCAGUAGAUAGCUGUAGACGCAGAAAGGUAAAUUCCCGAGGAAGGAAUUCUCGUAUUAAAAACACCGUGCCUGGGUGUGGCUCCAGCUUGAUUUGACCACUGACUCGUCCCAGUCGUCUCUUGUUAUUUUGUGCGUAAGCGGUCAAGGAAUGGUCGCGGGAGACUAUUACAGCACUGGUGAAAAGGGGACGAUGGGAAGGUGGAAGGGGAAAGGAAGUCUCUUUCCUCCUUCCCAUCAUCCCACGCACUUUCCUUCACCGCGCUUUUCUCGCGUUAAUAUUAAUAGGAGACUUAGAGACGACUGGAGACAUUUCCUAGUGUUCCCAGAGCUCUCUCUGACGAGGUAUUGGACUCAAAAAGCUGCGUUUUCAUUGGAAAAAUUGAAAGUUUGCAAACGCCUUUGUUUCCUCCUUACUAAGCUGGCUCGACCGUAGUACGACGCUAGGGUGACUGCAGCGCGACAGUUUCAGACGUCGCAUAAAGUAUAGCCGUUGUCGAAUCGAAAACAAAACAUAGAAAUAACAAUAGUAAUAAAAAUAAUAAUAAACAGUUUGAACACUAAACUUUUAAAUUUACAUUCUAUAUAUUUUAAUACAUUUUUAGUAUAUAAAUUGAGUUUGACAAGGCAGAAAAACGACUCUUAAGCUGAAAUCAAGUAGCGUAUCAGAACAAUCAGCGAAAUGUAUUUACAUUCGGCGGAGCUAAACGUAGUGGCAGUGACAGAGAAUGUAAAUACUUUCCUAUUGGUAUGAACGCACGUGAGCCGCUAUGGCGUUAAUUGACUCUAUUGUUGUAAGGUAUAUAAGGUUUUGACAGUUGUAAUGUAUUCAUCUCAGCUCUCGAACUAUCAAAUUUUAUUUUUAUACCUUACUUUAUUCAUCUAUCGAUUGAUUUUUUACCUUUAACCCCCAGAGGUUGUGCGACCGCAUCGGUUGGGGAAUACGUUCCCAAUUUUUUCCCAUUGGGUUUUUUGGGUUUUCGUAUCAGGCGGCGCACGUGAAUAGUUUAGCCUGAGUGACUUUAUUUAGGAAUAUUUGUUUACCAUUCUUUAGUUAUGAUGUUGAACUUUGUAUGUCAUUUGGACGGCAUUAAACACUCAGGCUCCAUAGUUCGAGCUGCACACCCAUUCCCGUCUCUUAGUCGUGAAUAUAAAUAGGAACCGUUUUGCCCGUGAGUAAAGUAGGCAGUGAACGCGACUGAGUCCGGUAAGGCAGAAGCUGACUAUAUUUGAAACGCGCUCCAAGCCGAGGAAUGCCUAAGUGUACGAUCGCGAGGCAAAACAAAUUGAACCAAAAUUAAGGCAAAUCAGUUUUUUUACCUGAUUAACUGCUAUGCCUAAAGAUCUAAGGUUCACUUCGUUACAGAAUUUCAGACUCCUAGCUACUCCUGCUUGUAUCAGACGACAUUUAAUUACAUUUAACAGUUACAUGGUUCUGGAGGAACUGCAUGGAUAUUAGUUUCGGUUUAUGUUCAAUUGAGGAGGGUCCUAUAUUAUGCCACAAAACUAUUUUAUUCUGGAAAAUUGAAUUUUUCAAAUUGAAACUACAGUAUAUUUUGGGGCACUGAGCCAGACCCUGGUCGGCUAACAGAAGUCCACGCACGCUUUUUUUUACUAUCAAAGAUACAAGCAGACACCAUGUGGCAUGAAAAAUAUUUCCACUAAAGCACUUUCAGUCAGUUUAUUUCAUUUUUUCUAGUAGUCAACGUUUUGCCUAAGGGUAUGUUACAAGAAUGCAAAUUUUACGCCCGUACUUCAUUUUAAACAAAUAACACGCUCAAUUUUCAAACAAACAGACCAUGACAAUGACUUCCGCAUGCAAUUUGUUGAGUAAAUUUUUAAGUAAAAUUCGAAAAUUUUGUAAAAACGCUGUACUAACUCGCGCAUCAUUCAUUUUAUUCCUAGUAUCUUUGGCUAUCUUAGAAGAUAAAAUUUACAAAACUAAAGGGCAUGACUGUGAACACCAUAUUUCGUUUUGAAUGUUUUUAGAAAGCUUAAAUCGAGAACUCGCCACGUUUAAAUUGGAAAUUAAUACUACAAACCGCAUUGAAGCAUGCCACUCGCGACAUGCAGAAACGACGACAAUUUUAGACUGGGCCCUAUUUGAAAUGAUAUCGUUCUUAGGCAGAAGGCCUCCUGUCUUAGGUUAUUUGAAAUGUGUUUCGCGUUAAGAGAAAAAAAAGUUGCGGUAACUGAAGAGAAAUGCGUAGAAGAGCACAUUUCACUGGCGUCAUUAAAAGAAGACACAUAUUGAGUAAAACAAGUAUACUAUGUACAAUCCAGGUCAGGUCUACUCGUAAAACUCAGACUUCUCUUGGAGUGGCCGUCUACACCAUAUGAUAAAGCUACUAUAAAACAGAAAUCGAACACAGUCAAAUUCCCACAUCACCCUCCAUGCACCUUACCCCACCUUUGCUUCUCGCCGCCACCUCUCCGCUCCCUACCCCAGUCGAAAUCACAUUUUUGUAAAACGUGGUCUGACGAGAAAAUUAUUAUGCAUGCGAAGGAAACAAAGUAAAAUUGCUUUGCAAAACAAGCAAUUUCUUCGAAAUAUCGGGACGUUUGAAAAACGGGGGUAAAACUACUGUGUUUGACUGGUAAAGGGAAUUUAGGUUUGGUUCAAAAUAUCGGGAAUUUAAAAAAAAAGCCGAGAGUUCGAGAAAUCGUGAUUCUACUAUUCUUCACUGAUUGCUCUGAACAGUAAUAUGCGAGAUGGCUUGAAAAAUCCACGUCUCGCUCAACCAGAAGUUGCAUAUAGCUUAAUUCAUUGCCGUCCCUUUGCUCACGAUUGACCCGUGAAUUUUCCGCCAGAAGACGAAACCUUGAUAAAUGGAUCACUGGAAGGUAUGUAUUCAAUAGUUUUUGCAUGUUGAAACGGCGACGGAGCCUAUAAAUGUCUGCCCUGUUCCAGUCUUACUACAGAUUUCUCAAUGCAAUCGUGUAGAAACCGCAUUCGCAUCAGAUUCUGAUUCCUUUCAAUGUCAUUUCGAUUUUACAUUUUUAAUUUUAAACUUCGGAAUACAAAAAUGUACAAUUUCAUAGCGUUCUCUAUUUCAAACGUAUAAAUCAAGACUAAAGUCGACUAUCUGUCCAGUCAAAGAUAAAACAAGAAGAAAAUAAAAGUGUCGUUAAAAAGAACAAUUAAAUAUAGCCCACUUUUCAAAAGUCGACGUAUACCGGCAGAGAAAUUCUGAUCGGGACUAGAAAUUAAAAUGAUCGAUACAAAAUGAGCCACGCGUCAUAAAAUCCAUGCAUGUUCGUAGUCUUUUUUCCUCAGUUUUACUCAAACCAUCAUCCCAAUACAUACCAUUAUGAAAGGGUUAGUUCACCUGCCAUUAUUCUCGCCUCACGUCGCCAAGUAAGACGAAAAAUGAACGGGUCAGAAUCUGAAGAAAUAUUAAGAGAAAAAUCGUCCAAUAAAAGGACAGCAAAUAUAUAUCAUCGAGCACGAAAAAUCUUCAAUAGAUGGGUUGUUAAAGAGAGAUUUCGGGUUACGUGUGACUUAUGAAGCAGAUCUUGAGUGAGAGCGAACGCGUAAUAAGAUUUAGAAUUCUUAGAAGUUCCACGACUUUCGCAUCUUUCAUUUCGUUUACAUUUAGUUAUGAAAAGUGUUUUCACUCAAUAUUUUGAGACUCAAACCAAUUCUGGAUUGGUAACGGUACAUGAAAAUUGAGAAAGGUGUUUCGUUUAAUAAUCUCCUAUAGAUUUCUUCCUCCGGUCGUAAAGAGACAACGAGAGUGCAGUAUCAAUGUUAAAUAGCAAACUAAAUAAAUAAUUACAAAAACAGGGAAUUUCUUCCUUUUUUCCAAGUGCAAGGUAACAGAUCCAUGAUUACUCAACAUGUAUGCUGUGGCUCGCAGUAAAAGAUGCCAUUUCAUUGGAUAAAUCACUGACUGACAAAACAAACACUACAGCCAAUGGCAUUGCUCGUUGGAACAUAAGUACAAUGUUCUCUAAACUUGUUUCUACGAGCAUAGAAUGAUUCAUGACUGUCACAAAAUAGUCGGAAAAACGAAGACAAGAAAAGAAUUUUAAGGCUUAAAAACGAACAGAGUAGGUUUGUAUAUUUUUACUUAACCAUGGAUUCUUCAAAAGUUACGUUACGUAUUAAUCACAAUUUUCCUAUUUCUCUGCAGUCCAUUGAUUUGUCUACUGACACACUGUGGGUGGCACAACUGGAAAUCUUAGAGGUAAGUUGAAUGCCUCAUGUCAUAAUAAACCGUGUUAGUGUGAAGUUUUGAAGAACAUCUCCGUCGACUUUUUUAGAAAAUGUUUUAGAAAAAUAAUCUCGUCAAAAGGCGAAUAUUUUAAGAAUCGUUUUCUUCUAAAACUUAUUAAUCCUCCCAAAAUUAAGCCUCUCGCGAUCUGAUUAUAAUUUAGCCUCUCAUUGUAUUAGGGUCACUCUCGAGAGUGAAAUCAGUUAAAAUUCUUUCACUUAAACAGUGCUUGCACACUUUACAGAGAAUUUUUUUCGGAUUUUCCAGAACUGACUGAGCUACUUGAAGGAAUCAAAAGUGUCAGAGAUAAGAUGAAGAAAAAAGAAACGAGGAUAUCUUUCGAGAAUUUCACUGUCUGUGUCAGUUAGGCCCCUCUACACAAGAACCUGUUUAGCCUAAAAUUUCAAACAGGUUCUUAUUUUAAAAUGUUUUAAAAAAAUUUUGUACAUAUGGGCAAAUAAAAAAAGGCAACAUUCAUAUCCCCGUUUGGCCGAGACAUAGGUGCUUCAUCAAUCCAACUGGAAUGUAUUGGUAUGCAGUGAUUUUAUGUAAGGAAGAAGCCGAAUACAACAAAAUAGUCUUCGCUACAAUGCAUUUUUUCAUUCAGAAAAUCAAUCAAGAACCUAUUUAAGAACCGAAAAGGCCUAAACUUGGUGCUAAUUGCCAUUUAUGUUAGGCUAAUUUGGGAAAAUGCAGGUUCUUAGUCGCGGGUUUUUAUUAAAUAGCCUCCAAAGCGUCUUCAGGUUGCAUCGCUAAAUAUUUUGCAGGACAAAUUUGCCGCAUACAAAAUUUUCCAAAAAUUACGUGUGCAGAUAUUAAUAAGAACGAUUGUCUUCAGAGCUCGUUAAAUUAAUACAUCAGUGCCCUCAGUUCAAACUUGGUUCAACUUGUAUCUCAAAGGAAGUUUAAAACAGUUCUUAUCAUUGGCCGGUUUACAAAAUAAUUGCUAUAACGUCAUGGAGCCUUCCAACUCGUUUUCACUUGCAACUUAAAAACAAAAGUAAUACAUGACUCCUUUCAGUUGUGGGUCAAUUAAGACUGGCUGAUUUACAUGUAACCUAUAGGAAUACUUCUAGUAACUUACAUUUAACAAUCUUUCAAACUUGUCUAAAACACGUUUUUAUGUAAAAUUGGUCAAAAUAGGACAUAAAAUCCUUGGUAUAAUGUCAAAAAAAUUAUCAUUCGUCUUCGGAUCACUGCAGUCGUUCAUACAAGCAAGGUAGGACUUGAGUCAAUGUUUCCAACAAUCUUUCGUAUCAAACUAAAAUAUUCAGUUUAAUUAAACGAUUGCUUGGAGGUCUUUUCAGUCUGGUUUCAAUUUGAACCGUUUCUUUUCACGAAAUAUUAAAUGUAAGGCUUACUGCUACUAGCCUUGUUUUGUUGCGUGUUUUUUUUGUUUGAAUAUUGCUUAGCAGUCGCUAACGUUCUAUUAUAAGUGCUAAAAUCUUAAGCGAGCGUUUCAACGAAAUGUCGAAGAGUUUUAAGCGUCAGUGUAAGAUCGACAUAUAAUUGCAAGGACAUGGUAAUGUUCUCAAGUAAUGCUACACACUUAAAAUUAAAGUGUAAUAUUACUCCAAAAAAAAGUGUAAAAUCUUUGCCAGCCCCGGCAGCCUUUUUUUUCUGUGUAUUAUUACACAUUUUAUAAUAGUGUAAUUUAACACACAACUAGAGGUUAUAUUUACACACCAGUCAGUGUAAUGUGAGUGGUUUACACUUUGGUCAAGUGUAAAAUUGCAGUUCUUAUAAGUGUAAUAAAAUACUAAUAGAAGAGUAAUAUUACACUGAAUGAUAGUGUAGUAGCUUUGCCAGCCCCGGCAGCCUUUUUUUUCUGUGUAUUAUUACACAUUUUAUAAUAGCGUAAUUUAACACACAACUAGAGGUUAUAUUUACACACCAAUCAGUGUAAUGUGAGUGGUUUACACUUUGGUCAAGUGUAAAAUUGCAGUUCUUAUAAGUGUAAUAAAAUACUAAUAGAAGAGUAAUAUUACACCGAAUGAUAGUGUAGUAGCUUUGCCAGCCCCGGCAGCCUUUUUUUUGUGCGUAUUAUUACACAUUGUCCAAUAGUGUAAUUUGACACGCAACCAGAAGGUUCAUUUACACACCAAACAGUGUAACUGUGAAUGGUUUACACCUUGGUCAAGUGUAAAAUUGCACUUCCCAUAGGGGUAAUAAAACAUUAACAGAAAAGUAAUAUUACAUCAAUUUAUAGUAUUAGGCAAAAAAUUACGCAUUUGAAAAAUAUAGCAAAUCACAUUUUUAAUCACUGAAUAAGCAGCUAGACUUCUAGCAAUAAGUAAAAAUGAAAGGUCAAGUGUGCAAGCCAUGGUGCGUACUGUCUAACUGCUUAGGCAGGAGUGAUGCAUACUGUCCUAUCACAAAUCAGUGCUUAGGUCUGACCCGGAUGAGGUUCAAGGUUUGAGCUGCAAGGUGGUACCGGCAAAGAUAGUUAGCAGGACAUCUUCCUCUCCAAUUAUUAGUAUUUUUCCAGUCAUGGUGUAAUGCCUUUCCCACAGUAAAAAUGGAUGGCCGUGCAUCUUUUUUGCUUCUUCUAGAUAUUGUCCUCUUGUGGCUGCAACCUGCGUGACAAACGAAAUUGAAAAAAAAAAAAACAAACAAGACUUGGUUUAGUCGAUAUUAAAGUGUUCUUAAUUUAUUUUAUCGGUCAUGAGGGUUGAAAAUUGGACCGAGUGUUUUAGAGUUCCUUCUAAUUGAAGUAACACAAUAAUGCUCUCUUGACAAACAUGGUUAAGGUAAACUACUUAAAUUAAAUUUCAUUUACAAAAUAAUCACAUAUUAGGUUUAAGAUAUAAAAAGGUUUUUUCUCUAGAGUCUUAACAAUCAAGUACAUUUUUCCUCCUCUACAAAACAAAACACAGCUUCAGAUAUUCAAUUCAGAUAUCAAAUCACAAAUUAAAAUAACUCAAAACAUUUGUUAUUCCAUCCAUGACCCCCAGUAACACUAUAGGGGGGCCAAACCACCUGACUGAGUCAUAAGUCAAAGGAGGGCAUGAAAAUUACCACCUUGCAUAACUGCCUGGCCGGUGGACCAGAGCCAUGAUGAAAACAAAACACACUAUUAGACUUUAUAACUUGGUAACGAAACAAAAGCUUCACUGGUAUACAAUUCAGAUAUCCGAUCACAAAAUUACUCAAAAAACAUGUUUUAUUCCAAUCCAUGACCCCCAGUAACAGGCGGGCAAAACCACCUGACUGAGUCGUUAGUCAAAGGCGGGCAUAACCACCUUACAUAACUGCCUGGCCGGAGGACCAGGGCCAUGAUGAAAACAAAACACACCAUUAGACUUUAUAACUUGGUAACGAAACAAAAGCUUCACUGGUAUACAAUUCAGAUAUCCGAUCACAAAAUUACUCAAAAAACAUGUUUUAUUCCAAUCCAUGACCCCCAGUAACAGGCGGGCAAAACCACCUGACUGAGUCAUUAGUCAAAGGCGGGCAUAACCACCUUACAUAACUGCCUGGCCGGAGGGCCAGGGCCAUGAUGAAAACAAAACACACUAUAAGAUUUUAUAACUUGGUAUCAAAACGAACGCUUUACUAUACAAUUCAGAUAUCCGAUCACAAAAUUACUCAAAAAACAUGUUUUAGUCCAGUCCAAGACCCCCAGUAACAGGCGGGCAAAACCACCUGACUGAGUCGUUAGUCAAAGGCGGGCAUAACCACCUUACAUAACUGCCUGGCCGGUGGACCAGGGCCAGGAUGAAAACAAAACACAGCUAUACGACUUUAUAACUUGGUAUUGAAACGAAAGCUUCAGAUUCAAUUCAGAUAUCUGAUCACAAAAUUACUCGAAAAACACGUUUUAUUCCAAUCCAUGAGUCCCCUGGAAACAAGCGGGCAAAACCACCUGACUGAGUCAUUAGUCAAAGGCUGGCAUGACCACCUCACAUAACCACCUGGCCGGUGGACCAGAGCCAUGAUGAAAACAAAACACAGGUAAAGUAAUGAAAAUGAUAUUAAGCCUUUUUAAGUCUCGUGCAAUUACACGUUUUUGUAUGCGAAAUCACAUAUAAAAAUUGGACAAGCUUAAUAUAUUUUUCUGGUUUGGAUUUAUCUCUAUUCUACAUAUCAUUGAUACUUCUGUUCAUAUUUGAAAAGUGUACACUUUUUUCUACGUAUUACCACAGGUAGACCAUCCGAACUGUUCGAGGGAUCGUGAUGUCACGCGCAACAUGUGAUCCCGUAUAUUUACUGUAUUUUGUAACGCCCGCACUCGGCUUGAUUCAAGUGAUCGGUAGAAAUGCUUCAUAAAACACAGAAUUUUGCACCUUUUGAUCCCAAAUGUUGAUAUAAUGUACCCAGUGGCUAUUCGUGCGUGACCCGUACACCAAAGUGUAUUUGCUAUUCAUACGGGAUCAAGUGUCUUCUUGAAAUUUAUAUGAAAUUUCUAAGUCUCUUGAAAUUUGUGUCAUUAAAUUUCCAUGAAAGUGUAAGUCUUUUCAACAAACGUUCAAUUUUUAAGGAAAAAAAAAUUCAGUGGCAAAUUCUAAAAGGAAAAACAAAUUCGAUGGGGUAAGAUAUGGAUUGAGAACCGAUCCCAGGACGUAGAAUUUAGUAUGUGGCCUAACCACUCUACCACGGGAUACUCUCUGCUAGAUGGAGUUUCAUUUUCAUUCAUAUAGCAACAACCGUAACCCUAAAUAGAAGCUGAAAAUUCUGUGUAACGCUUUACUCGUUAAAAAGUGUAAUAUUACAAAUUUUCCUUUGUAACAUUACACUUUAAUUUUAAGUGUGUAAAAGCCGGUCUGAAAUUGAUGAAUGAAACUGAUUUUUUUUCUCUCCAAAACAAAUAAUAACUUCGCCACAGAUCAUCAAUUCGCGUUGCUUGUUAUCCGCAUUUUGAAAAAAGAAAAAAUGUUUACUUAGCAAAUCAUUGAAAGCGAUCCCUUUCUAAAGAAUAUUUGGUCAUAAUUUUGAGCGUACUCCUGUUUUCACAGGUUUCCUCAUCAUGCAAACCUUUAUGAAGAUACCGCUGGCUACUGUGUUAUGCGGGCUGCUCUUACUGCUGAUUACCUUGUGUUCUGCAAAUGACAACAACAGCAGCAAACCACGGGACAAUGUGAGUUUGUUUAAUCAAAUAUUGUAAAAAUAGCUGUAAUAUAUGAGAAGUGAAGGUCAGUUGAUGAUACCUGAACUAUUAACCUGAAAGAAGAAACUUAGUGAGGUAGAAUGAAUGAACGGUGAUUUUGUAUGUAAGGAUGCUUGACUGAGGUUGAUUGAUUGACUUAAUCGAGUGAUCAUAAAUUAAAACGGAAUGAGUCUUUAAAUUGUUCAUUUAGAGUAUUCCUCAACAGACUUCACCUUAUGGUUCCUGUGGUCAUGGUGGGUGUUUCUGUGCACCAGGAUUUCCCGGCAUCCCAGGAAGCCCUGGACCCGCGGGACCAGCAGGUACCGCGGGAUCACCCGGCAAUCAUGGACCUCAAGGACCCAUGGGCCCACGAGGAAAGAAAGGCGAUGAAGGAGCCCGUGGAAGACAGGGAACACCAGGCGUCAAAGGAGUUAAAGGACCUGCAGGCCCAGCAGGUCCACGUGGGGACAAAGGUGAAGCAGGUUCAGCUGGUUCCCCUGGAAACAAGGGUGAUGCAGGUGCUCGCGGAAGUCAAGGUCACCCUGGUCCCAAGGGACCUCAAGGACCUUCAGGUUCAGCUGGUUCCCGUGGAAACAAGGGUGAUACAGGUGCUCGUGGAAAGCAAGGUCCCCCUGGUCCCAAGGGACGUCAAGGAGCCUCGGGUUCAGCUGGUUCCCCUGGAAACAAGGGUGAUACAGGUGCUCAUGGAAGUAAAGGUCCUCCAGGUCCAAAGGGUGCUUCAGGAUCGUUUGCUCGUAAUUGGAAACAAUGCGUUUUUAAGAAUCUGAACGAUGGAAGGGACUCCGGAUUGAUAAAGGUAACAACUGAGUUGGUCGUUGUAGAUUAUAUAAAUUAAUCCUAAGUAAAUUAAUAAGUCUGGUUAUGACCGAUUCAAAAAUCAUUAAUAAUUCAUAGAAACUAACGUUUAAUGAGUGUCUUUAUAUCUGAUAAAGAUAAGGCUAAACUUUGUCUAAUUUUUUAGACCAAAAUGACCCCAAAUCUAAAUAUUAGUGCAACAGUGAAGAAUCUAUAUCAGAGAUUUUGAAGCCGUUCAAAAAACUCCCAGUCGUGUAUUUUCAGGUAUAAAACUCGAGGCGAGUCAUUUGAGAAAAGAAAAAUGCUUGUUUCGGAACUAGUGCGAGCUAUCCAUGGAAUGAUACAAAAUGCAGGGAAAAGGUCCAAUUUAUCAGUUUAAGAUAAACGUAUAUUUUUUGUCUGAAUUUGAGUGAAAUUCGCAGUGGCGUAGAGCCCUUAACGCAAAUACGCACGUGCGUACUUGAGAAAUUGGUAGGACUUUUUUUUAUAGAUUUUCUGUUGUAAUUAAAAGUCAUUUGUAGCGUCGUGGCUUGACUUUGUAUUGUGCAGAUUUGUUUCUGUCUGUCUCGUUGUUAUUCCGAAUCGUCUUUACACGGUAAAUACAACAGUUUAAGCAGUGGAAUGAGAUAAAUUCGAAACAUUCUUGAAAUGAUUGCCUCAGGGCGAUCCCACAAUACAUUUCGUAUUGAUGAAAAACGGAAAAGAAUUUCGGUUCAACUCGCUGAUCUUUCUUCUUUUGGCCAUUUUAAAGGAAUGCAUUUUCAAGAAAACAUCCGAUACCACAGGGUUGCGAGUCUUCUGGAAUGGAAAUCUUCGUCUCUAUGGCUGCCAUGGAUGCUGCAGGAGAUGGUAUUUCACUCUCAACGGUGCAGAGUGUUCAACACCAGGUGCCAUUGACGGUGUAGUCUACAUGGUAUAUGGAAAUGGCGGCAAAAAGAACUUACACCGUCCACGUCACAUUGAAGGAGUCUGUGAGAAAAUCCACAAGGGUACUGUUCGCGUGGGAUUCUGGGUCGGUAAUUGUGCUGGUUUCGGAUCUGCUGAUGCUGAAACAGGCUGGAACUCAGUGUCCCGGAUAUACGUGGAAGAAGUACCUCCCCCACAGGCUUAAUAACAGCAAAGCCACAGGUUUUGUUUCACUUUGAAAGAUAAUCAUGAACAGAGUAAUAUUUCGGGGAUAAUCAGUAAGCAAACUAAAGUAAAUUUUCAUUAUUAGAGCCAUGGGUUUAGGUUAAGUUUCCGCAUUAAAUAUCUUUUGAAAGUGCAACAUGUAAUGUAAGCUUCUCAAGGCUGAGACGUCCCUAAAAACGUUCCAUUUUGAUUACUUCUGCAUUAUAAAAUAUUACAAGGUGACAACAAUGUUUGAGCGACUUUUUUUAUCUCAACAAAUAAAAGGGCUUUGAAAUAAAAU